GACUCGGGGCGGAGCCUCGGGAGCGGCGCGGGCUCAGGUGAGCGCUCUUCGGUGGUGCUGUCUGUCUGGUUCCUAGAGCCCUGGUGCGGAAGCUGCGCGAACUGUGGGGGCUCAGUUCCCCGUGUGACCUUGGACCAGUCUUUCUCUCACCAAGCUUCCCGGACCGCAGCGGUGAAAUGGAGGCAGGACGGUCCGCUGAGAGUUGGUACCAGUAGAGGGGUCGGCAAGGAAACCGCAGCCUUCCUCAGUUCUCUUUUCCCCAGGACAUUGUUAGUGGACCGCGAGUCAUGGGAGUGCAUAACAGUUCGAGUGACCUUGGGCGAAUCCCUUGUUUUGACGUUCCUCUACUUAUGUGAUGGACUAACCUCUUCGAAUAUCCCUGUACUAUUUUGGUGUUCCUGAUGCAGACAAAAACAAGUAGCAGGAAAGCAAGAUGACUUCCCUGCUCCAAGAUUGGAACAGCUGAAGAAAUCACAAGACAAAAUGAGAACCACAAAGGUCUACAAACUUGUCAUCCACAAGAAGGGCUUUGGGGGCAGUGAUGAUGAGCUAGUCGUGAACCCUAAAGUAUUUCCUCACAUCAAACUUGGAGACAUUGUGGAGAUUGCUCACCCCAAUGAUGAGUACAGUCCUUUGCUUUUGCAAGUCAAGUCGCUUAAGGAAGAUUUACAGAAAGAAACUAUCAGUGUGGACCAGACUGUGACUCAAGUAUUCCGGCUAAGACCUUAUCAAGAUGUCUAUGUGAAUGUUGUAGACCCCAAGGAUGUGACUCUUGACCUGGUGGAAUUGACUUUUAAGGAUCAGUAUAUUGGCCGUGGGGAUAUGUGGCGACUAAAGAAAAGUUUGGUGAGCACCUGUGCCUAUAUCACUCAAAAAGUGGAAUUUGCUGGCAUCAGGGCACAGGCUGGUGAGCUGUGGGUCAAGAAUGAGAAGGUCAUGUGUGGUUACAUUAGUGAAGAGACCAGGGUGGUGUUCCGUUCUACGUCGGCUAUGGUUUACAUAUUUAUUCAGAUGAGCUGUGAAAUGUGGGAUUUUGAUAUUUAUGGGGAUCUGUACUUUGAGAAAGCUGUGAACGGUUUCCUCGCCGACCUGUUUACUAAAUGGAAGGAGAAGAACUGUAGUCAUGAAGUGACUGUGGUCCUGUUUUCCAGAACUUUCUAUGAUGCAAAAUCUAUUGAUGAAUUUCCUGAAAUAAACCGAGCUUCAAUUCAAGAGGAUCACAAAGGGAGAUUCUAUGAGGACUUUUACAAAGUGGUGGUGCAGAAUGAGAGAAGGGAAGAGUGGACUUCACUCCUCGUGACCAUUAAAAAACUCUUCAUCCAGUAUCCAGUGUUGGUGCGACUGGAACAGGCAGGGGGCUUUCCUCAAGGAGACAAUUCUACCUCAGCACAAGGAAACUACCUAGAGGCCAUCAACUUGUCAUUCAAUGUGUUUGACAAGCACUACAUCAACCGAAACUUUGACCGAACUGGGCAGAUGUCUGUGGUGAUCACGCCGGGGGUGGGUGUCUUUGAAGUGGACCGCCUACUCAUGAUCUUGACCAAGCAGCGGAUGAUUGAUAAUGGAAUUGGUGUGGACUUAGUGUGCAUGGGAGAGCAGCCACUACAUGCUGUGCCAUUAUUCAAGCUACAUAACCGGAGUGUUCCGAGGGAUUCUCGACUGGGUGAUGAUUAUAAUAUUCCUCACUGGAUAAACCAUAGUUUCUACACAUCCAAAAGCCAGCUCUUUUGUAACAGUUUCACUCCACGGAUAAAACUAGCAGGAAAGAAGUCUGCCUCUGAGAAAACCAAAAAUGGUCGUGAUACAUCUCUCGGGACUCCAAAGGAAUCUGAAAACACCCUUCCCAUCCAAGUAGAUUAUGAUGCCUACGAUGCUCAAGUGUUCAGGCUGCCUGGCCCAUCCCGGGCUCAGCGCCUCGCCACCUGCAGGUCUGUGAGAGAACAGGAGAAUCACAGUCGCAAAAGUGCAAGCUCCUGUGAUGUCUCAUCCAGCCCUUCCCUGCCAAGCCGUGCACUGCCCACUGAGGAAGUGAGGAGCCAGGCUUCUGAUGACAGCUCCCUGGGCAAGAGCACCAACAUCCUGAUGAUCCCUAACCCCCACCUGCACCAGUAUGAAGUCAGCAGCUCACUGGGCUACACCAGCACCCGAGAUGUCCUGGAGAACAUGAUAGAACCCCCACAGAGGGACUCCAGUGCACCAGGAAGGUUCCAUGUGGGUAGUGCAGAGUCCAUGCUCCAUGUCCGACCUGGAGGAUACACGCCUCAGAGAGCGCUGAUUAACCCCUUCGCCCCCUCGAGGAUGCCCAUGAAGCUCACCUCCAACAGAAGGCGCUGGAUGCACACUUUUCCUGUAGGCCCAUCUGGAGAGGCCAUCCAGAUCCAUCAUCAGACCCGGCAAAACAUGGCAGAGCUGCAGGGCAGCAGGCAGAGGGACCCUACCCACUCCUCUGCAGAGCUGUUGGAGUUGGCAUACCAUGAAGCUGCCGGGAGGCACAGCACUUCCCGCCAGCCUGGUGACAGCAUGUCCUUGAACUUCAGUGGAACGGAAGAGCUUUCUGUCAGCCUGCUUAGCAACAGCAGUACAGGUGUGAAUCCUAGGACCCAGAACAAGGACUCCCUAGAGGACAGUGUUUCUACCUCUCCAGACCCAAUUCUGACACUGUCUGCUCCCCCUGUAGUGCCAGGCUUCUGUUGCACAGUUGGAGUGGAUUGGAAGUCUCUUACUACUCCUGCAUGCCUUCCCCUCACCACUGACUACUUCCCGGACCGUCAGGGCCUGCAGAAUGACUACACAGAGGGCUGCUAUGAUCUCCUCCCAGAAGCAGACAUGGACAGGAGGGAUGAGGAGGGUGUUCAAAUGACAGCCCAGCAAGUGUUUGAAGAGUUCAUCUGCCAGCGUCUCAUGCAGGGUUACCAAAUCAUAGUACAGCCAAAGACCCAGAAACCCAACACCACAGUCCCACCCCCAUUGAGCAGUAGCCCACUCUAUAGCAGAGGCCUUGUGUCCCGAAAUCGCCCUGAGGAGGAAGGCCAGUAUUGGUUAAGUAUGGGCAGAACUUUCCAUAAGGUGACACUCAAGGACAAGAUGAUCACAGUAACUCGUUACCUUCCCAAGUACCCUUAUGAAUCUGCCCAGAUCCAUUACACCUACAGCCUCUGCCCUUCCCACUCUGACUCGGAGUUUGUCUCCUGUUGGGUGGAUUUCUGCCACGAACGGCUCGAGGAAUACAAGUGGAAUUACUUAGAUCAGUAUAUUUGUUCUGCUGGCUCUGAAGACUUCAGCUUAAUCGAGUCUCUGAAGUUCUGGAGAACCCGAUUUUUACUACUGCCAGCCUGUGUUACUGCCACCAAGCGCAUCACAGAAGGGGAGGUGCACUGUGACAUCUAUGGGGACAAACCCCGUGCAGAUGAAGAUGAGUGGCAGCUUCUAGAUGGCUUUAUUCGCUUUGUAGAGGGCUUAAAUCGCAUCCGCAGGCGCCACCGCUCAGACCGCAUGAUUCGGAAGGGGACUGCCAUGAAAGGCUUGCAGAUGACCGGGCCCAUCUCUGCACACUCUCUCGAGGCAGCAGGCCCUCCAGUCGGCAAGAAAGGAACCUCAGCUCUGUCUGCCCUGCUGGAGAUGGAAGCUAGUCAGAAGAGCCUAGGAGAACAGCAGACGACUGUGCACGGAAAAAGCUCCACUCAGCCAGCUGAGAACAGCAGUGUUGCCAUGACUCCCACCUAUGUGGACAGCCCACGCAAGGACGGGGCCUUCUUUAUGGAGUUUGUCCGCAGCCCACGCACAGCAUCAUCUGCCUUCUACCCUCAGGCAUCUGUGGACCAAACAGCUCCUCUGGUGUUAGACAGCACCAGUUUAGGGGUCAGCACAGGCCAGCCCAUGGAUAGAGGCAACAACCAGACCUUUGGGAACUCCCAGAACAUAGAACAGGCCUUUCCCUCUGCAAACUCUGGUGACUACAGCUCUCAGCAGCAUGUAGCAAGCUCUCUAACAUCGUCUUCUACCCUGGUGGAGAUUCUGGAAGCCAUGAAGCAUCCCUCGACAGGAGUCCAGCUGCUGUCUGAACAGAAGGGCCUUUCACCGUGCUGCUUCAUCAGUGCUGAGGUCGUACACUGGUUGAUGAACAACGUGGAGGGGGUCCAGACGCAGGCGAUGGGCAUAGACAUCAUGCAGAAAAUGCUGGAAGAGCAGCUCAUAACGCAUGCAUCUGGUGAAGCAUGGCGGACCUUCAUCUAUGGCUUCUAUUUCUACAAGAUAGUAAUGGACAAAGAACCGGAAAGAGUGGCUAUGCAGCAGCCCUCUGCCCCCUGGUACACAGCAGGAGCGGAUGACUUUGCCAGCUUCCAACGCAAGUGGUUUGAGGUGGCCUUUGUGGCAGAAGAGCUUGUGCACUCUGAGAUUCCUGCCUUCCUCCUGCCCUGGCUACCUAGCCGGCCAGCCUCUUAUGCAAGCAGACACAGCUCCUUUAGCCGAAGUUUUGGAGGACGGAGCCAGGCAGCUGCGCUGUUAGCUGCUACUGUCCCAGAGCAGAGGACUGUGACCCUGGAUGUUGAUGUGAACAACCGAACGGACCGGCUGGAAUGGUGCAGCUGUUACUACCAUGGAAACUUCUCUCUCAAUGCCGCCUUUGAGAUCAAGCUACACUGGAUGGCAGUGACUGCCACAGUGCUGUUUGAGAUGGUCCAAGGUUGGCAUCGAAAAGCUACCUCCUGUGGCUUCUUGCUGGUCCCAGUUUUGGAGGGUCCUUUUGCUCUGCCCAGUUACCUGUAUGGUGAUCCCCUGAGGGCCCAGCUCUUCAUCCCGCUCAACCUCAGCUGCUUGCUCAAGGAGGGCAGCGAGCACCUGUUCGAUAGUUUGGAUUUGUGCAAGAUAAAUAUUCUGUCUCCGCUUUUAACUUCCCUGCUGAGAAUAAGCCACAGUAUAUCCAUGUCACAGGAACGGUGUUCCUUCAGCUGCCGUACUCCAAACGCAAGUUUUCAGGGCAGCAGCGGCGGCGACGGAACUCUACCAGCUCCACCAACCAAAACAUGUUCUGUGAGGAGCGGGUUGGCUACAACUGGGCCUACAACACCAUGCUGACCAAGACAUGGCGCUCUAGUGCCACAGGGGACGAGAAGUUUGCUGAUCGGCUGCUGAAGGACUUCACGGAUUUCUGCAUCAACCGUGACAACCGACUGGUCACGUUCUGGACAAACUGCCUGGAGAAGAUGCAUGCCAGUGCUCCAUGAAGCCAGGCUGCUUCUCUUAAGAGAGGCUGUGGGUAUGCUGGAGCUGGCCUUCCGGUCAGGCUCUGGGCAGCAGGUGUCAGGCUGCUCCUAUCAGUGAGUGGGGCCACUGCUGAUAUUUGGCCUCUGCACAAGUGUGAGUGAAGAGAAAGAUUGGAAGCAGCUGCUGCCGCUACCGCCAACCAAAUCUUGCCAAUCCUGUCCCUGAAGCAGGGGGAGGCACAGAUUGUCCGUGGGAGUGAGUCAGUGUCUGGGAGUGGGGUAGGCAGCUUCCAUUAGGGUCCUUUUCCUUCACCAGCAGUGGGAUAUUCGGAACAGAACCUCCUGCUUUCUGCCCAAGAGUGUGUGUAUGAGGUAAAUCUGUGGCAUAAUGUACCAUUGGCUCACACCAGCUGUACAUAUGUGUACAUAGCAGAAUCUAAUAAAGCCCUCCCUCCCUCCCUCCCUCCCUCCCUCUCUCCCUCCCCCGGUGUCUGUUCCCAGCCUUGUUGGUAGCCAGGCCAGUCAGGUCACCUCAGGUGGCCAGAGGGCUUCAGGACACACUGGUCUUGAGUCUGGCUCUGAGCUGGCUUGAUAGGUUUCUUUUUCAAAGUCCUUGGGCAAGAACAAGGAUCUUCUGGACAGGACAGGACUACUGAGCAGACAGUACAGUACAGUAUAGUAAGAAGCUCUAGGCUUGUCAUGUCAGAAAUAUGCCUCGUUAAGUGGAUGGGCCAGCUCAGGGAAGCAGACAUCACGGCAUUCCCUACACGUCCAGUGAGUGCUUUUCGCUCUAGACUGCUCAGGGAAGGCAAAGACCGAAGACCAUGACUACUGCUUCCUCCUAUACUAGAGUUAAUCACACACCCCAUUGAUGUACCUUUUUUUUUUAAAGAUUUUAUUCAUGUAUUUGGUAUAUAUGAUAAAUACACUGUAGCUAUCUUCAGACACCAGAACAGGGCAUCGGAUCCCAUUACAGAUGGUUCUGAGCCACCAUGUGCUUGCUGGGAUUUGAACUCAGGACCUCUGGGAGAGCAGUCAGUGCUCUUAACCUCUGAGCCAUCUCUCCAGCCCCUUGAUGUACCUUACCUUCUUUACCUCUCCUGGGCCCUAUGUACAACUCCAGGUCCAGCCUUCCUUGUUUCUCUUCUCUCCAGGAAACCUAACUUGUCUCUGGUUCAUCCUACUGCACUCUCCUGGGAAACUAGGGUUUUGUUGGGUUUUUGUUUUUUAAAAAAACUACUCCAAGCAGGUACAGCAGCUUCCUGUAAUACCAGUGUUUAGGAGACUGAGGUAGGCUGGCCUCCAUAGUGUGUACUUAGCAAAGUUGAGCUUUACAAUGAGACUGUCUCAGAAAGUCUCACUUUGGGGCUGGAAAGAUGACUCAGUUAAGAGCAUUUGACUGAUCUUACAGAGCACCUGAGUUCAGUGCCAGCGUGAGGUCACUCACAGCCAUCCAUACCUGGAGUUCCAGGGGACUCCACACCCUCUUCUGACCUUCUUUUGCAUCGGGCACACAUGUGGUACAUAUACAUAUAUCCACAUAUAUAAUACGUGCAAGCAAAGCACUCACAUAAAACAAAAAUAAAUCUUAAAAUCAAACAGACAGCUCCACUCCAUUUAGACUUGCCACUUAGAAUUCUCUUGACUACCUGACUCCAAAAACCUUCAGUAUGGUGCUGGAGAUGCAGAUCAGAGCCAGCAUAGCAGGCACCAGGCUCUGGACUCAAUUCACAACACUACAAAAGUAAAACCAAGUAUUGUCUUGCCUAGUGGGCUGUUCUCACAGCUGCCUUGGGAGUUGUGCAUUCCCUUGAACCAGCUCAAAUCUUCUGCGUACACUGUUCCAAGCUGCACUCAUCGGGAACUUCUAAUCACAGCUAUUAAGUCCUGUAUGUAAAGGUUUUUUUUUUUUAAAGGUGUGUGUGUGUUGUGUGUGUGUAUGGGUGCAUCGUUAGGUCAAAAGAGAGGACAUCAGAUCCCCUGGAACUAGAGUCUAGACGGUCGUGAGCCACCAUUUGGGUGCUGGGUUGGGAACCUGGGUCCUCCCAGAGCUCCAAGUGCUCUUACUGGCUGAGCCAUGUCCCUAGCUCCUGCAUGUGAAGCUUUUGAGAGAGUAAGCUGUUAACGUGUGAAAGUGUGAUCCAUGGGAAGUAAGCCUAAAAAAAACUUAGCUUCACACACACACAUACUUUUCUUCCCAUGAAUAUUGCUCCUCCUUGAUGUCAGCCUUCUUGUCAGUGGGAGCUGUCUGGAGUAACUGGGGGGUUGAGGCAGGUACAGCUGGACUUUGUGGAGUGUACCUGUAACCGCAGCACUUGAGAAGACUAAAGGAGAGGGAAGAAGGUUGCUGUGAUUUUGAGGUCACUCCAGGACACACACAGUAAGACACUGUCCCAAGCAAAUAAGCACACACAAACAAAAAGGAUGUUUUCGUUUGAAAGAGCUUAGUACUGAAAAGAGAGUAAAUCAAGUUCUCGUUUUCCCAGAUGGGUAUGUUCAGGGUUCCAUGCCAGCCUCCUCUGUGGUCACAGCAGCUGUUGGCCACGCCAGACCGUGUGAUCUCGUGUGGUCCUGUUAUCCAUCCUAUGGAGCCAUCAAUUACCCCUUCACAUACAGUUUUUGUCAUAUUCCAGAGGUAACUUGGAAGACAUAGAAAAUUACCUGGCAGGAGUUCAACUGAUGGAAUACCAGGUCACUUGCCUAUCAGCUGUCCUGAGAUGCUCCUGGCCUUGAGCUCCAGUUCCUGCAGUCUCUAGCAUUCCAGAUUCCAAGCUCAAUAAAUAAAGGUGUUUGCCAUUGGUGAUUUAAGUUCAGCUCCCCAGACCUAUAUGGUGGAAAGGAUCAACUCCAGAAAGUUCUCUGAUGGCCACACAGAUGUUGUGGUACUCAUGUAUCCACAUAUAUACAUACAUGCAUAAAUUUAAUUGAAAAAUUUUAAAUAUUAAGAUCUGUUAAAGUUCACUAAAGUGGAUAGAAAACAGCCGGAGAGAAGCAGAAUAAAGGCCAAUUUAUUGUUCUCUACAGCCA